CGUCGGCGGCGGGCUGGGACCCACGCGGCGCCGCGGCCCGCCUGGCCUGCAGCGCUCCCGGCCCGGCGGCGGCGGCACGAUGCCCUUUGACUUCAGGAGGUUUGACAUCUACAGGAAGGUGCCCAAAGACCUCACGCAGCCAACGUACACUGGGGCCAUCAUCUCCAUCUGCUGCUGCCUCUUCAUCCUCUUCCUCUUCCUCUCGGAGCUCACCGGCUUCAUCACGACAGAAGUUGUGAAUGAGCUGUACGUCGAUGACCCAGACAAGGACAGCGGGGGCAAGAUUGACGUCAGUUUGAACCUCAGUUUACCCAAUUUACACUGUGAAUUGGUUGGGCUCGACAUCCAGGAUGAGAUGGGCAGGCAUGAGGUGGGCCACAUCGACAACUCCAUGAAGAUCCCUCUGAACAACGGGGCAGGCUGCCGCUUUGAGGGCCAGUUCAGCAUCAACAAGCCAACCAGACUCCUGAUGCCUGCGUCCCCUCCCCAGGUCCCUGGCAACUUCCACGUGUCCACGCACAGUGCCACGGCCCAGCCACAGAAUCCGGACAUGACACAUGUCAUCCACAAGCUCUCCUUCGGGGACACGUUACAGGUCCAGAAUGUCCAUGGAGCCUUCAACGCUCUUGGGGGAGCAGACAGGCUCACCUCCAACCCCCUGGCCUCCCACGACUACAUCCUGAAGAUCGUGCCCACGGUUUACGAGGACAAGAGCGGCAAGCAGCGCUACUCGUACCAGUACACAGUGGCCAACAAGGAGUACGUGGCCUACAGCCACACAGGGCGCAUCAUCCCUGCCAUCUGGUUCCGCUACGACCUGAGCCCCAUCACGGUCAAGUAUACCGAGAGACGGCAGCCGCUGUACAGGUUCAUCACUACGAUCUGUGCCAUCAUUGGCGGGACCUUCACUGUGGCCGGCAUCCUGGACUCCUGCAUCUUCACAGCCUCGGAAGCUUGGAAAAAGAUCCAGCUGGGCAAGAUACACUGAGCUCCCUGCUGGCCGGCCAGGGACCCAGGGCCAGGGAGGCCGCCAGCUCCGCUCCCCCCACCCCAAUCCCGUCUCCUCCUCCUGCCUUCUCUCUGGCCCAGGAUCUGGCUGUGUCUCCAAAUCAGGGUGGGAGGCGGGGGGGGAAGAGGUGGCUCAGAGUUUUGCAGCUACCUCUUUCCCUCCGGUUUAGUUUUAGGCAAAUGACACUGCCUAAAGUCAUUGCCCCUUUCCCCGGGGACCCCCGAGACCAGAGUCAGGCACUGGAGGGAGAGGCCCCAGGAAUGCUGGGAAGCCAUCCUGGGAUGCUGCGGCCCCUUCCCUCGGAGUGGACAGCCCAGAAUCCCCGUCCCCCCACUGCCAGCCAGCCUUUGACAAUCUUGCAUCUGGACACACUCAUCACUUGGCUUCUCCCUGAGCUCUCGGCUCCAGGAGCAGAACGCCCCAACGUACUCCCACUUGGCGCCUUCUUCGGAGGAUGGUACUUCCCAGGCAAGCCCUGAGGUUUGGCCCUGUCGAUGGAACCCUCACUUUCCCCUUCCUGCCCAGGCCCAAUGCUCACGCCCACCGCUGUGCUCUCCUGAAAGCAGGUGCAGCAGUAGACACAGUCUGCUCACCAGUCAUGAGGCAGGUCCCAGGCGGCCCUUCCUCUCCUCUUCCCCUCACUCCCCAACACCACCACCACUGUGCCUCUGUGGCCCCUGACCCGUGUGGCAACAGCAGCUCUUGGUGGAGGGGCUGGUUCCCACUGCCAGGUUCCCCCCGACAGCUCUGCUGGGAUCUGCAGUGGCAGGGGAUGGGAGUGAUGGGACUAGAGAACCAGGUAUUUGUCCAGACACAAAGCAUCCAUCUCCGCAGUGCUGAAACAGCCAGCAGUGGUCCCAGGCCCUUUCGUCAGGGAGCAGAGUGGACCAACCCUUCUCCCUCUGACCUCCGCCUUCCAGGCUGUGCGGGGUGCAGAGUGCGGGGUCCGCUCUGCAGCCCAGCUGAGGUUCACUUGACCUUGAGCUCCCCCACUGGCUGGCCCCACAGGGACCAUGUUCCCAGCCCCUGGCGUGGUUCCAGUGUCUCCCCUCUGACUCCAGAGUUUGGCCCCUGCCCUGCUGCUCCCCCCACAUCCUCAGCCUUUGUCCUCUAAGGGGGGCAGUGAGCCAGGCAUGAAUUCCAUACAGAGAAUGUUAGCCAUGCUUGCGUGUCCCAAGGAGAGAGCAGCCCACCUGUUUUCCAUUUAUAUCGAGAUGGUUUGCAUACUUUUGUAAUGAAGGGGCGUGUCCAGUGGAAGGAUUUUUCAAAUGAUCUGUAAGGAUAGCUCAGGCCCCUGCCAUUUGCAGUGUGGGGCUCUGAAUUCCAAUUAGAGAAGCUUCCCCUUUGGAUCACCCGGUGUUGGGUGUUGUGUGUGUAAAUGGCCUUGGGUUAUUUCUGGUAUCUCUGGCCACUUGAAUGGGUUUUUGUUUCACAUUCUGUUUCCCAGUUACAGAAAGGAGUCCCUCUGGGGUGUGGGUUCACUGUAGAGGGUGGGGUGGGGCAGGAAAUGUGUGGCAUGCAUAUGGAUUGAAAUUCCACUUUUAUGCAUUUUUUAAAAAAUAAAACCUGAGGAUAUAAGGGAUGUCAGUUUCCUAUGGAAGAGGCACCUCUGACCUAUUAUUCUUGCAAACAAAAUCUCAAGGGGGAAACAAUGUGUAGUGCUUUCCCCCCUUAUUGGGUUCAGAUACGAGAUGAUUAAAAGUCUGAUUUUCACAAGUA